UUGAUGUUAUUAAGAUACUGCACGAUCACCGUGCCAAAUCUCGAGAUGAGUUUGUAAAUCUUCAACUAUAUAAGGCGGCACUUUUCCUUUCGAAAACAUAACGAGUUUGAAAUUCUAAAGUAAAAUGUCGAGAAUACAGAAAACGAUAUUCCCCAUUUUCCUCUUCUUCAUCUUUUUGUCCGUUUCGAUUGGGACAACGUUUGGAGAAGAAAGUUCAGAUAUCGACGAUAAAGUCCACAGUUUCGUAGAUGAAGGAAAAUCAUUUCGAGAUGAGCAAGAGGACACCAAAGGUACUACCGAGAGGAUAAAUCUAUCGACGCCACUGACAAACGUACAAAACGACCAAGAAAAAGAUGAAUUUUUUAAAGAAGAAGAAGAGAAAAAGAACGAUUUUUCUGACAACAACGAAACUUUAAUUAACAAGAAUAACGAAGAAAUAAAUAACGAGAUGGAACGUGCGAUUAUGAUACAACAUUUAGAAAUUCUAAUAUCGAACUUAUCGGAAUAUUUGAAGAAAAAAAAUGAGACCAACAAUGAAAGUGAACAAUUACCCAAAAAAACAGAACUUGAAACACGAAACAGAUUACCAAAACGUCACGCAAUUUCUACUGAUGGAUGUUUACUGACGGAAGUAGUUCCUGCAGCAGUAACAUCGGUGUCAUCUUCAUCUGUAUCGACAUCGUCAUCGUCAUCGUCAUCGUCAUCAUCAUCGUCAUCAUUUAGUUUUCCAACGCCUUUACCACUGGAAGUUUUGAAGCAGAUACAGUGUGCUACUGAAGCGAUCGAAUAUGGACAUCCUCAUCUAUUAAGUACAAUAGUUCACGAAAUUUUAUGUGAAACAAAAAAGUUGCUGCAUUAUCUGUUGCACGCAUUUCUCAAUUUGUUGAGUGAAAUCACAGUUGGACCACGUAUUAAUUUAUUGGAAGCAGACGCUGGUUCGACUUUUGUUGAGUUCUUAGAUCGUGCUCCAGUGAUAGUGGAAGAAUUGUUGAAAGAACCACGACAUUUACUCGCUUUACCAGAGAUUCUAAUAACUGCUAUACCAUUAGAAGAUAUUAUUCUGACGAUUAACAGAUUGAAGGAAGAUUUUCUAAUUCUCCUGGAACGUUUGUAUCCAGUUUUUUCUCAACUAUUUGAAAAACUGCUCGUAUUACUGGGAAAGGAAGUUGAAAUUUUUGUAUCUUUCAUCGACGCACUCAAGACGACAUUCUUAAAUUUUAUCACGAGUUCCACUUCGAGUGCCGAUACAUUGCUGAUUGAUGUGCAGAAUGAACCGGUCUUUAUUGAUACGGUUAAGGCAGUUUACGAUGGUUACCAAGCAUCUGGUAUCCAAGAAAUAUUUAUAAAUAGUCAAUCUUCUGAUUCAUCAUCGCAACAAGAAGAAAUCAUACCCGUCAUACCGCUAUCAUCGCAGUCAACUAGUUCAGAUGCUGUAACCACCACUUCAACGAGCGAAACAGAAAUUGUACCAAUUCAAGAACCGCUUGUACCGACUGUUUCUGUAUCGCCUAAUACAGUAAGUACGUCUUCUUCAACCUCGACUACUACCAGUACUGUUGUUAGCGAGCCGAAAAUCUUGAUUGAGGAAAUUCCGUCGACGAUAACUUCGACGACGACGACGACAGCUGCAGCAGCAGCAACAGCGGCAACAGGAGCUGCAGCAACAACAGCAACAACAGCGGCAGCAAGUUCCUCUUCCAUCAGUCAGUUAAAUCCAAUCUCAAACAUCGAUGCUAUCAAUGUAGCGUCUUCUUCAUCGAGUUCUUCCUCAUCAACUUCUAGCCUUUCGGCUGUGCCAGAAUUAGAGGAAACAGUUGCUUCCACAUCGACAUCAUCCAGUUCAUCGUCUUCCACAUCUCCAGAAAUAUCUAAAGCAUUAUUCGAGCCAUCCUUUUUGUCACGCGUGAUGCCAAUACUUUCGUCAAUUUCAAGUGGAACUAAAGGCCUAACUAGCGCCACUUCUUCGGCGAUUUCAUCGCUAAAAUCAAGUGGAAAUCUCUUGACCGAUACUACUACUUCUUCUGCUUCUGCUUCUUCCUCUUCCGCUAGUUCUUUGUUACCGAGCAUCGAGCCGGUAAUUUCCGCUGUUACACCUGCAUUAACGUCAAGCAGCGCUUCGAGCAGUGCCUCUUCUAGUGUUGUUGAUAAUUACGCGUCCCCAAUUACUCGUAUAAAGAACAUUUUUCCAGUAACUGGCACAAGUUCGACGAGCAGUUCUUCCACAGUCAGUACUUCUUCUAAUCCUACGAUAAUCGUUCCUUCAUCGCCAAUUUUAAAUUCUUAUAAAAGAAAGUUUCAAGUAAGUUCUGCUGCUCCUGUUGCUGCAAGUUCACCGGCAACAACUUUUGUGUCAGAGUCCUCAGGAAUCUCUUCCAGUAGCCCCUCAAGAUUUCCUUGGAAACUAAAGUGGCCAGUGGUCUUACCCAGAAACAAAGUUAUUGCCGCUAUUGGUAACCGUAAUCUCGUACCAGGCGACAUCGUUCUAAUGACCUUGAAGUCAAACAAAACGUACUUCAGUCGUAUCACCGAUGGAGUCAGUCCAUUGACAUUCAACUUUCUUAAACCUAAACUGGUUCCAGAAGUUUUCAAUACUUUCGGCAGAAUUUGGAGACUCGUUCCAGGAGAUUUCAGGGAUAUAAAUUGUGAAUCUCUUUUCAAUAGUAUAUAUUAAACUUCAACGAUAUAUGCAUUAAUCUUCAAUGAUACAUAUUAACUUAGAAUGAUAUAUAUUAAUCCUUAAUGGUAUAUAUUGAUCGUAUUUGUAGAAUAAACAUAAAUAUUUUCAU